AAUGAGUAUUUUAUUUUCAUAUAUAUAUAUAUAAUAUGUCAAAAUCAAACCGAAUGAUCUUACUUUAGAAUAAUUUCUUAAGAGAGAACGAAACAAAGAAAGUUCUUGUAGGCUUCAUAUAAUAUAAUAAUUCGUGUGUUAGCUUGUUCGCCUUUAUUCUACACUUCAAGAUAUUAUAUAUAUUAAAGAUGUUAGGCAGCGGCCUGCUUAGUUGUAUACGUACAGAGUUGAUUGAUACAUAUAUAUAUAGCACUAAAAUAUUAUGAUAGUAUCAUAUUAUUACUGAAAGCAAAGAUGGCAAAGCUUUCUAAUAAUCUCUUUCUCAUCUCAAUUCUUGGAAUUUCUCUCGUCUUUACGCAAUUUUGUGAUGGAAAAAAAGUACUAAUGGAGUACAUAGGAGCAACGGGCGUACCAGUCAAAUUCAACACAGUACCGAUCAACCAAAGCAUCGACUUUCACUUCAUCCUCAGCUUCGCCAUUGAUGCAAGCCCACAAGGAGAAUCACAAAACGGUGUGUUCUCCCCUUACUGGGUCCCCACACUCACUCAAGACUCCGUCGCCCAAAUCAAAUCCCAAAACCCUAACGUCAAAGCCUUAGCCAGUCUCUCCGGAUGGAGUCUCGGUGACACAGUCCUCCGCUGGUACGAUCCGGAAGAUCCCGACCGUUGGAUCACCAACGCAUUCACCUCCCUCAAAUCAAUCAUCGAAGACUACCACCUCGACGGAAUCGACAUCGAUUACGAGAACUUCCCUAAACGACGCCGUCGCUCAAGUCCCAAUUCCACCUUCGCUUACUGCAUCGGCGAGCUAAUUUCCCUACUUAAGAACCAAAGCGUCAUCUCCGUCGCCACCAUCGCGCCGUUCUACACGACGGUGGGGCCGUACAUGGACCUGUACGGACGGUACGCCGAGGUGAUAGACUUCGUGAACUACCAGUUUUAUACGGAUCGGGUUCGGAGCGCGAACGGGUAUUUGGACACUUUUCGGGUCAGGUCGAUGCAGUUCGGAGCGGAGAAGCUUUUGCCGAGCUAUGAGGUAGAAGGGAGAGGGAUUCAAGGGGAGGCGUUCUUUGAUGCUUUGAGAUUGUUGGAGAAGAGUGGGUUCAGUGUGAAUGGAGUGAUGAUUUUCUCGGCUGAUGCUUCUGUGGGUGGUGGUGGUGAUGACUAUUAUUACGAGAAGAAAUCUCAGGCUUUCUUGCUUAAUUCAACUACUCUAUUGUGAUUGUUACUAUUAUUAUUGUUUUCUUGUUAUUAAAAAAAUAUUAAUUUUCCGCGAAA